AUGUUUUUAUUUAUUUUAUUAAGAGAGUUCCAAAUUAACUUAGUAAUUUUCAAGUUACUUUUUUAACUAUUCUUAUUUAAUUGUGUUAUAUUAAGAAAUAAAGCGAAUAGAAUAUAUUGUCACGAGUGUUUAAGAUUAGGAGAUCAUACUGCUCAUCCAAAUGAUCAAUAUGAUUUGAGAAAAUUACUUUAAUUUAUAGAACAAAUAAGAUAAUAAAGUGAUGAAUUAAUUGAAAAAUUAACUUCAAGUAUUGAAACAAUUAAUUAAUCAUUUUCAAUUUUAAGUUAAGGAUUAAAAACAAAAUAUUAACUAUCAGAAGAAUAAAUAAAAAGAUUUGAUGCAAAAUAGUUAAAUUAAGCAUUGGAUUAGUUGCUAAAAUAUAAUGAAACCACAAAAGGAAUAUUAUUAGAUGUCGAGAAAUGUUCAAAUGAAACAUUCAUUUAAUUUAAUAGAAUUAGCUCAGAGUUUAAACUAAAUUAAUUAAUUUAUUAUGAUCAAAUUGAAUAAUAAAAAUGUUAAGCUUCUGAUCUAGAUAUAUUAUGCCAAACUCACCAAUAACUUCUACUAACUUUCAAGCAAUCUUAAUGUCUAUCUAUAAUAUGA